AAUCACGCUACCCCGACCCCUCUCAUAUCUCUGCAUGAUUGUGUCUCGUUACACUUUACUGUAAUAUUGCAAGUUAAUUUACAACUACGUAGUAUUUAAUUACAUCUACAUAAUCACAACUCUUUAAUCCGUAUAUUAGCAAUUAUAAUGACGAUCAACAACAUGCCCACCGAUUGGACGGAACCGAUCGUCCGAGUCCAAUCACUCGCCGCCGCCGGCCUCUCCGCCAUCCCGGAAAGAUACAUCAAGCCCCCGGCCGACCGCCCUUCCGCAAAACAACCCUCUUCCCUCGGCGGCGAUGACGGGGAUCUUGAUAUUCCGGUGAUCGAUCUCGGACCUUUGUUCCUGCACGGCGACGGCGACGACGUUGCCCUUGCGAAGGCUAAGGUCAUGUCCCAAGUCUCGGCGGCAUGCCGGGAAUGGGGUUUCUUUCAGGCGGUGAACCACGGCGUUAAGCCGGAGCUGAUGGAGGGUGCUCGGGAAGUGUGGCGUGAGUUCUUCCACCAGCCGGUGGAAGUUAAGGAAGUGUAUGCCAACUCGCCGGCCACCUAUGAGGGCUACGGCAGCCGUCUAGGGGUGGAGAAGGGGGCGGUUCUUGAUUGGAACGACUACUUUUUUCUUCACUAUCUUCCAUCUUCCAUCAAGGAUCAUAACAAAUGGCCUCAAAUCCCCACUCAUCUGAGGUAUA